UUGCUGCGAUUAUCGACUUGCAAGCGAUAUACCGAUACCGAGAAGGCUGUCUACAAGAUGAUUUCUGGUAGAGGUGGAGGAGGUACGGCCAUGCGGGCUGGUCGCAUUCGGCCCCCGCGCCGUCCGAGCCGGCUUACCUCCGGAAUCGACACGAGCGACUUCGAGCAGUGCUGGGAGACCCUCAAGCAGGCCCUCACCGACAUCCACAACCAGAACUGCAGCACGCUGUCCUUCGAACAACUAUACCGAGCUUCGUACAAAAUUGUUCUUAAGAAGAAAGGAGAGAUGCUGUACGACCGCGUCAAACAGUACGAAGAGCAGUACUUUGCCGAGCACGUUAUCCCCGAUAUCGAGAAACUCGUCACUGCGAACCUCGUAAGUGCCGCUAUGGGUGGCUCGGCCACGUCAGUCAACGAACGACGCAAGAUGGGCGAGCACUUUCUACGGGGCGUGAGAGCCUCCUGGGACCACCACAACACUUCCAUGAACAUGACCGCCGAUAUCCUCAUGUACCUCGAUCGCGGCUACACGCAAGAUGCCCGACGAGCAUCCAUCUACACUGCGACCAUCGGCCUGUUCCGAGACCACAUUCUUCGAGCCAACUUGAACUCUAGCGGCGAGCACACCGUCUUUGAGAUCUUGAACUCGGUCAUUUUGGACCAGAUCAACAUGGAGCGGGAUGGAGACAACAUCGAUCGCCACUUGUUGCGCAACAUCGUCCGCAUGCUGGACUGUCUUUACGAAACAGACGACGAGAACGAGGCGGAGAAGCUGUAUCUUACAACUUUCGAGCCAGCGUAUCUGCGGUCAGAACGCGAGUACUACGCCCGGGAGUGUGAGCGGCUACUUCGUGACGCUGAUGCAGGCGCCUGGCUGCGACACACUCAACGCCGCUUGAUUGAGGAGAACGACCGAUGCGACACUACCAUUCACUAUGAGACAAGAGAGAAAUCCACCAAGGUGGUAGAGGAAGAGCUGAUCUCUGCGCAUUUGGACGACUUCCUGAAUCUGGAAGGCAGCGGAUUGAAGUCAAUGGUCAACUACGACCGCGUGGAAGAGCUCUCCAUUUUAUAUCAGCUUGUUUCGAGGGUCGACUCGAAGAAGACAUCCCUCAAGGCGAUUUUGUCUAGCAGAGUUGUUGAGCUUGGUCUGGAAAUCGAGCAGAUUUUGAAGGACACCAACUUUGCAACGGUUCCUGCGCCCGACGGUGAGGAAGCGGAGGGCGCGGAGAAGACCAAGACGUUGAGCUCCUCUGCUCAGCAGACCGCCGCUGCCAUCAAGUGGGUCGACGACGUCCUUAAGCUGAAGGACAAAUUCGACAAUCUGUGGAAGAAGUGUUUCCAGGAAGACCUCAUCAUUCAGACUGCUCUCACGAAAAGCUUUUCUGACUUCAUCAACAUGUUCACGAAGAGCUCCGAAUACGUCUCCCUGUUUAUCGACGACAACCUGCGCCGUGGUAUUCGAGGCAAGACGGAGACUGAGACCGAGGAAGUUCUGGAGAAGGCCAUCACCAUCAUCCGCUACCUUUCCGACAAGGAUCUUUUCGAAAGAUACUACCAGAAGCACCUCGCCAAGCGUCUUCUUCACAACAAGUCGGAGAGUCACGACGUGGAGAAGUCGAUGAUCUCGCGCAUGAAGCAGGAACUCGGCAACCAGUUUACCGCCAAAUUCGAGGGCAUGUUCAGAGACAUGGAGUCUUCGUCCGAGCUGUCUGCGGGCUACAGAGACCAUAUUAGAGGCCUGGGCGAUGUGGAACGCAAACAGAUCGACCUUGCUGUGAGCAUCCUGACGACCAACUCGUGGCCCCCCGAUAUCAUGGGACGGACUUCGCAAUUCGCCGACGGCACUGGCUGCAUUUGGCCGGAGGAUAUCAAGCGCCUGCAGGAGAGCUUGCUCAAGUACUACCUUACCAACCGCAGUGGUCGCAAGCUGACCUGGCUGGGAUCUACCGGCAGUGCCGACAUCAAGAUGGUUUUCCCCGCCAUCCCCGGCGGCAAGGGCCCGUUGUCGCGUGAGCGAAGAUACGAGCUUAAUGUCCCGACGUACGGCAUGGUUGUGCUUAUGCUCUUCAAUGAUCUGGAGGACGGUCAGGAGCUGUCCCUGGAGGAGAUCCAAGCCAAGACAAACAUCCCCCUCCAAGACCUUGUCAGAGUCCUUACGUCAAUCUCCGUCGUUCCCAAAGCCCGGGUUCUGCUCAAGGAUCCCGCCAACAAGUCGGUCAAACCCGGAGACAAGUUCAAGUUCAACAGUGGCUUUGUCAGCAAGCAGAUGCGCAUCAAGGCACCCAUCAUCAACGCCACGUCCAAGGUCGAAGGCGACGAUGAGAGGAAGCAGACCGAGGAGAAGAACAACCAGACCCGUGCCCAUGUCAUUGAUGCCGCACUCGUCAGAAUCAUGAAGCAACGCAAGGAGCUUACUCACUCGCACCUCAUCACCGAGGUCAUCGAUCAGCUCAGCAGCCGCUUCAAGCCGGAGAUCAGUCUCAUCAAGAAGCGCAUCGAGGACCUCAUAGUGCGCGAGUACCUCGAGCGCGUGGAGGACGCGUCGACGCCCACGUACCGCUACCUCGCCUGA